GAUGAUGUCCGUCAGAGGGUCCAUCUCAACACGUUUGGCUUUUAUAAAAAUGGUUACAUGAGUGUGAACUUGAAUGCUCUCAGUGUGAGCGGGGCACCAAACAAGGAUAUUGACAGUUCUACGAUUGUCCAUGGAGAUCAAGAUGGUGAUGAUGACUCAGAGGUGACAGUGACAGUCCCAUAGACCGAUACACGGGGAAGAAACUGUCUCGGAACCUGCUGGUUCUGGACCUAAUGCUUCUAUACCUCCUCCUGCUCGGCAGCUACACCUACAAAACACUUCUCUAUAACUAAUAAGUAUAGUCAUAAUGCUGAGGACACACAAUAAAACAUUUAGUGCUUGGUGAUAUUAAUAUUGUGAAGGCCAGUAUCAUAAUAUUGAUGAACAAAUUAUAUUCAUCAAUAUUGUGCAGCCCUGCUGAGAGCCCAGUAAUGAUGUGAUGAUUGGUUUCAGCCUGGACCGAACAAGCAGUAACGGCUUCUCUACUUAUCUGGAUGACGGCCUAGAUUACUGUGUUUUGAAAAAGUUGCCUAGCAGUGAUUUUGCAGUGGUGCUUCUUUUGCUGGACUUCAGAAAUAACCUAGUGAGGAUGAAGACUUCUGCAGAUGAGGGAAUGUUCCCUCAAAUCAUUCCUGUGGUGCCAAAGGCUAAGAAGGAUGAAAAUGAGAAGAAACCUCAGUCUGAUGCUCUGAGUCAAUCCAAACGGGACGUGACUGAGAACAAAGCAGACAUCACUUAUGCCCUGCAGCACAAAGGCAACUCCACUUACUCCUUUCAGUUUUACUUCAAUGUAACAACGGACGCGCAGCAAGGCCUUUACAACUUCUACUUCCACAACUGCUACUCCUCUAUGGCUGCAAAUCAGGAUGCCUCUUCAAUGAGAAUGCUUAGUUUCAGCAUUGAUAUCAAAAUAGAAGAGAAGAAUCCUGACAGCUUCCUGUCUGCUGGAGAGAUUCCUCUGCCCAAACUCUACAUCUGCAUGUCUGUGUUUUUCUUCCUCAUUGGUACAAUCUGGGUAAACGUUCUACGCACACGCAGUGCUGAUGUCUACAAAAUCCACUGGCUCAUGGCAGCUCUCCCAUUCACCAAGUCUCUUUCCCUCAUUUUCCAUGCAAUUGACUACUACUACAUCUCCAACCAGGGCUUUCCUAUUGAAGGCUGGGCUGUGGUCUAUUAUAUCACACACCUGCUGAAGGGGGCACUGUUGUUCAUCACUAUAGCUUUAAUAGGUACUGGCUGGGCCUUUGUUAAACACAUCCUCUCAGACAAGGACAAGAAGAUCUUCAUGAUUGUCAUCCCCCUACAGGUGCUGGCAAACGUGGCAUACAUUAUCAUCGAGUCAACAGAGGAAGGUUCCAGUGAGUAUGGCCUGUGGAUGGAGAUCCUGUUCUUGGUGGACCUGCUGUGCUGUGGAGCCAUUCUCUUUCCCGUUGUGUGGUCUAUCAGGCAUUUACAAGAGGCAUCAGCAACUGAUGGAAAAGCUGCCAUUAAUUUGGCUCAGCUGAAGCUUUUUAGGCACUACUACGUGAUGAUUGUGUGCUACAUUUAUUUCACUCGUAUCAUCGCUAUUCUCAUCAAGGUUAUUGUCCCUUUCCAGUGGAAAUGGCUGUACCAGCUGCUGGACGAACUAGCUACUCUGACCUUCUUUGUCCUAACCGGACACAAGUUCCGGCCGGCCUCCUACAACCCCUACCUGCUGCUGUCUGUGGAGGAUGAGGAGGACAUGGAGAUGGACGACGUGGUCACUACAUCCACAGCCAUGGGGGAGGGCGUUAAGAAGGUGAAGAAGGUGUCGAACGGCCCAUCAGAGGAGCGAGAGAGCAUGGCAUGAUGGGAAAUGUAGUCCCCUGAUCUCAGGGUGCUUCUGGACUUUGUGGCUAGCUACUGAUGUGGUGGACGUUCUUUUAACAAGAGCUUCACUGCCGCCUCCGUUUGACCUUGUUUGUGGACGACGGCCUGAUUCGUUGAAUUCCUACUGGACCUUCAGUGAUUAUCUCAUGCUGAGACAUUAGUGGUCCAAAACCCGUAUGUAUACCUUUGCAAAUGUUACAUAGACAGAAUGAGGACUGACAGACUGCUAUGCGAUUUUCCUUCCUGUCUCUAUAAUUCUAAUGGAAAUGCUUGGUGCUGUGCUUUUGUCCUCGGCUAACGCAGGUUGUUUUGCCUUUGUUUAUUUUUUAUUUAUUUUUUUAUUAAUGAUCUCCUUAUGGCAUCUCUUGAUCUGAGACAUACUCAGGCACUUUAUCCAAUGCGCUCCGGACAAACACAAGUCAUUGUAGAGCCAGCUGCUUCUUGUGUGAGUUUCAGUUUCCACUCUAAAUAUCUCAUUUCAAACACUGACUUAAAAGCUAACUAUAUCUCUUGUAUAAAUGUACAGAUUCUGAGACUAAUGUACAGCAAGAUUCCUACUUUAAAGAGAACAAAACACAGCAUAUGCAGUUCUAAAUGCUUGUCAUGUUUUCAGUGGCAGUUUUUUCUUUUUCCUCAUUUGGGGUUUAAUAAUGGUAUGUAUGGGUGAAUCUAGGCAAUUCCAAAGUGGAUGUUGCACAUAAAUAGCAGGACUGUAUAUUUAAAAGGUAUCCGUUUUAAUAAUUAUCAGUUGAUUGAAGGAUCUUUAUGGGACUUCUAUUUAA